AUACCGGUUUGCAGCGCUAUGUCCUCUCUGCCCGUUCAGCAACCCUAGCGCCGCUACGCGCAGCCCGCGUUUCGCGCCGCCGGGCCGCCGCCACAAGCUGGCAGCCACGCCUCACCCCGACUGAGCUCUGGCGGCACCAGGACGAGCUCCUCCUCUUCCGCCUCAGUCCGAGAUCGUUCUCUACCGCCCCGACCCCGACGGUCGUGCUCUCUGUACACACACAGAAAAAUCGAAGAAGAAAGGAGAAGAAAGAGAGCUCGCGCCCCUCCCCGCCGGCGCCGCAGCCAUGUCUCAGAAGAAGUCGCGCGGCGGAGCUGCCGCCCGAGAAGACGCCGAUGAGCUCUCGCGCUCGCCCCUCCAGGCCGUCCUCCUCGCCGACAGCUUCACGCUCAAGUUCCGCCCCAUCACCCUCGAGCGCCCCAAGGUGCUGCUGCCGCUGGUGAACGUGCCCAUGAUCGACUACACGCUGUCCUGGUUGGAGACCGAGGGCGUUGAGGAGGUCUUCGUCUUCUGCUGUGCGCACGCUCAGCAGGUCAAGGAGCACCUGGAGGAGGCGGGCUGGACUGGGAAGCCCGCGGCCCGGGAGGUGGCCGUCAUGGCCGUUGAGUCGCACGAUGCGAUCAGCGCAGGGGACGCUCUCCGCGUCAUGUACGGCCGUGGCCUUAUAAAUGGUGAUUUUGUUCUCAUCAGCGGUGAUACAAUCAGCAACAUGAGCUUAAAAGAGGCUCUCCAGGAACACAAGGACAGAAGGAAAAAGGACCCACUUGCUGUUAUGACUAUGAUUAUAAAACAUUCAAAACCUUCAAUCCUGACGCACCAGACACGUUUGGGCAAUGAUGAAAUUGUUAUAGCGCUAGCUCCUGAGACAAAGGAGCUACUUUAUUACGAGGAUAGGGCAGAUAGCUCACAGCUGUCCGUGGCAAUUGAUAAGGAUAUACUGGCCAAUAAUCCUACUCUCCAGCUGCAUAAUAACAUGGAGGAUUGCUAUAUUGAUAUCUGCUCGCCAGAUGUCCUUAGUCUUUUUACCGAUAACUUUGACUAUCAACAUCUCCGGCGUCAUUUUGUGAAGGGUUUACUUGUUGAUGAUAUUAUGGGGUACAAAAUCUAUACUCAUGAAAUACACUCCAGCUAUGCUGCAAGAAUAGAUAAUUUCAGGAGUUAUGAUGCUGUGAGCAAAGAUAUAAUACAAAGAUGGACAUACCCUAUGGUGCCUGAUGUGUUAUCCUUUGGUAACUGCCAUGAAAUGAAACUUCACCGGCAAGGAAUUUACAAGGCAUCAGAUGUAACAUUGUCGCAUUCUGCACAAAUUGGUGCGAAUUCUGUUAUUGGCAAUGCAACAAGUAUUGGAGAGCAGUGCAAGAUAUCGAAUACGGUAAUUGGAGAAGGUUGCAGUAUUGGGAAAAACGUUCUCAUUCAUGGUUCCUAUAUAUGGGAUAAUGUCAUAAUUGAAGAUGGAUGCAAAGUGAGUAACUCCUUAGUCUGUGAUGAUGUGCAUCUAAGGGCAGGGGCAAUUGUUGAGCCUGGCUGCAUAUUGUCGUUUAAGAUUAAAGUUGGAAAGAAUGUUGUUGUUCCUGCCUAUUCAAAAGUGUCACUACUUGAUAAGCCUUCAAAUGAAGAUAGUGAUGAGGAACUUGAGUAUGCUGACACCAAUUCUGGAGUUACAGAUAGUGCACCCUUUUCCAGCACGAGGAGUAAUGCUGACUACCCUACCAUCGUAUCCGAAGAUGAUGACUUGGGGGCAUCUGAGACCGGUACCUCUGGCGUCCUUGGUUACAUAUGGGCAAGUGGUGAUACUGGAAUUCAGGAGGAGUGGAGACAAUCAAUUGCUCCAAUUCCUAAAGAAAAACUUCAAGAUUUGCAGCAUGCGGUUUCUGUUGACAAUGAUGUUGGAUCGGAGGAAGACUUGAUCAACCGACCAUCUGAAGCAGACCGUGACAAUGAUUCUGAGAUUAGUGUGAUUGAGGAUGAUGAUUAUACUAAGUUUGAGAAAGAGGUCGAGGAGACUUUCCAACGGGCAGUUGAUGGGGUUCAUCAAGAUAAUUUGAUACUAGAAAUUAAUGCACUCAGGUUGUCUUAUAGCCUUCAACAUGCGGAUUGUGCUGGAGCAGUUUUCUAUUCGAUAAUGAGGGCUGCAUUAGUUGCUGCACAAUCUACUAAUGCUUAUUUGCCUUGCUUCCCCCCUCCUCUUUAUAUAGAUAGUCUUCUAAAGACAGCUGCAGACACACUUAUCAAGUGGAAGGAUCUUCUACGCAAUUACACCAAGACAGUUGAUGAGGAGAUGGAAAUACUAUUGAAGUUCGAGGAAAUGUGUCAAGAGAUAACAAAAGAAUUUUCUCCACUGUUUUCAAAGAUCUUGCCUUACCUCUAUGAUAAGGAGAUAGUUAGUGAAGAUGCAAUUUUGAGAUGGGCGGAAGAAAAAGAAAAUGCCGACGAGCCGGAUAAAGUUUUCGUUAAACAGUCUGAUGUUUUUAUUCAGUGGCUCAAGGAAGCCGAAGAGGAAGAUGAAGAUGACAAAGAAGAAGAGUAGAGUUGGAGAUGGUUCAUACUUGAAUCCUUUUGCAAGCUUGGAGAGAAACACUGAUUUGGGUGGUUUCCCAGUGGGAAAGUUUUGGAAGUUUGGAUUUGCCUGUACUCCAAUUUUGUUCCUAACCAAUAGGAGGAAAAAGAGACAAGAGAGCCGCGGGAUGAAUGACCACAGAGUGUGUAUGUUUUUUU